UCGUAAUUACUGCUGGAAACACAAUAAACCCCUAGCAAAACCCUAGAAAGCAAAGAGGGAGAUAGAGAGUGAUGGGCAGGUCAAGAAGGAAGUACAAGAAUUCGAGGACGAAGGUUCGAGUAGGCCUCCCAAAGAAGAACCCACACGCGUUCAAGCCAGCCUUUUCUCUCCCUCCAAAACUUCGUUCUCUCGUUGAUGAGCUUCCCGAAUGGGACGACAAAGCCAGCGUUAUUCAAAACUACCAGUCAUUCGGUUUCGUUUCCAAUCCCAACUUGCUUGGAGUCCGUUCCCGCACUUCCCAAGUCGUCGAAAGCGACUCCCUCCAGAUGCCUCCCCCUUCUGAUGAACCCGUCGACGAGUUCGCGCCCCUUGAUUCCGGCAGCGAUCUCGAAGAAGACGAUGUGAAAUCAGCACUUGGAAAGAAGCGAAGAGAUGGGAAGAGGGCACCUUUGCAGCCUUUAACCACUAUACAACGCGCUCAUAUUGGUCGGCUGGUCGAGAGAUAUGGAGAUGACUACCAGGCAAUGUUCAUGGAUACAAAACUAAAUUCUAUGCAGCAUUCGGUUGCUACUUUGGAGAAAUUGUGCAAGAGAUAUCACAUGUAUAAGGAUAAAAACCCCUUGAUAUUAUCUAAUUGAGAAUAACUCAGUUUUGCUUGGAGCGUCUUGGGAGAUUGUAGAACAACAAUGUUACUUAAACCCUUUCACUUUAAUUAAAAUUUGUUAUUUAUGGAUGUUCAA